UGACAUGUAUCAGUUGUAUAUAUAAGCCAAUUCCAAUCAUAUACUUAUGUAUUAUCCUAGAUAUUGUAGGCUUAUCUGUCAGAGAGAUAAACAGAGGGUUCAAAGAUAUGAUUAAACGAUCUGAGAAUCCACUCUAUCUGUGUCUGAUGCUGAUGAUGGUCAAAGAGUCAUUUCCGUGGGACCCUGACGCCGGACUAGUGACGUCAUGGACUAAAUAUCCCAGGGUCAAGGUCACAGCUUCGUCCUCCACCGGAACAUCGGACCCGCUUUCCGUCAUCGACGAUAACGACAAUACCCAGUGGGCGUCCGGAAGCUGUCUCCCCAGUGGCUUUGUCAGUGACCCGGAACAAAACGUUCUGCAUGGUCUGUGUCAGAACAAUUAUCACUGCACCGUGUCUGACAGUCCGGAUGUUCACAAAGCAACUGAUGGCGAUGCAUCCUACACUGUGGCAACCAUUAAUCCAUCACAAAGUUUGCCGGACGCCAAACUCGUUAUUAGCCUACCAAACCCUCAGCCGAUCACUUUUUUAACCGUGUGGGGAAUCUACAGUCAUGGAACAACAGAACUGUCCCUUAUCGACAAUAACAACAUCCGCCAUAGUAUCAGAACUUUGACGUCCAGUGAUAACUAUAAACAAAUUUCAUUCAGCAACAUAACAUAUACUGUUGCUCGAGUAGAAUUUGUUUCUGGGCAGAAGUUUCAAAUCCGAGAGGUCGCCGCUCUUGGAACUAAGGGCUGUGUUGCCAAAUUGACCCUUGACCUUGGAGAAACACGUAUGAUACAGACAAUUCGAUCGCGGCACUGGGCGGGACCAGGCACUGCUUCAUCAUUAAAAUUAAAGAUUUCUGAAUUCGGGAAUUCCUGGCUGUCGGUAGAUUUAGACCCUAACGCCAUCAACGCAGUAGUCACGAGAUUACCGUCUGUAGCCAGAGGUCGUUAUAUUGUUUUUGAGUAUACUCUUAUACAAAAACCAUACAAUAAGGUGUACCUGUGGGAGGUUGACGCUUGGGAUGAAAAUUCUGUUUGGGGAAUCCGAUCACCAUCUAAACCACAGCAAAACACCCUGAGGUCACUGCUUGGGGUCAACGGAAUCUGGGGCUGGGGGAACAAUAAAUACAGCUCAUCGCUUAAAUCUGGAGAGGGGCCCGAUCUGUACAACAAGGUGGCCUCUCAUGCCAGAAACUAUCACAACAUGGACUGGGAUGUAUUAGACCCGGAUAAUGAUCCCGAAUACUCCAAAAUGGCGGCUGGUGGUGGGACCAACGCUAAGUCGUGGCUGAACUGGGACACAGAGUACAAAGCAUGGCGAAAUGCCAGUCUUAAGAUCGACGUGUCUGUCCAAUUCAGCAAUUUCCAGCAAGCUAGGUGGGAUAACCCGCAGAUAUCUGCUUAUAACUAUGGGAAGCAGUUCGCCAAGCACUUUGGUCCCGUGGUUGGUAACGGUAUAAUUGACGCAGUGGAGGUAGGCAAUGAACCUUGGUCUUACGAUGCUGUAUUCUAUAAGAACCUGCUUCAGAGUAUGUCGGCAGGAAUUCGAAGUGUAGAUGAUCAAAUAAAAGUACUCCCUGGAGCAUUUCAGGCCCACGAAAAGAGAGCAGCGAAUAACUACAUAGGAACUCGUAUAAAUCCACAGAUAGCGAAGAACCUGAGUGCUAUUAACUUUCAUACGUACAGCUAUGUCUCCAGUUUUACUGGAGCGAGGGUGGGCGUUCACCCUGAGCACCCCGAGUCUUCUUUUAACAGCCUUAGGAAUAUAGUAAGAUGGCGGGAUACUAACCUCCCCAGUCACCCGUUGUGGGUGACCGAGUGGGGAUGGGACGCACCAACAGCGGGAGAAAGCUGUUCAUUUACAGAAUGUGUUACCGAGGCAGAACAAGCUGUGUACGGAGUAAGAGGACUAUUAAUCUUGUCCAGGUCGGUGGUGGACAGGGUCACGUGGUUUUUCUAUGCCAAUACUAAAUGUGAACAUCUCUAUUGCCGAAGCGGCCUAACAAGUUCUCCUACGACUGGAUUCACCAAACGACCGGUUUUUCAUGCCUUUAAGGCUUUACUAGACUUUCUUGGCGAUCUUUAUUUCCAGUACGCGCUGAAUGAAAGCGAAGAGAGUUACAUCUAUCUCUAUGGAGACAAAAUUCACCAUCAGGAAUCAUCUGAUGAAGAGGUUAAAGUCAGAGGAGCGAAAUACAUGGUUCUGUGGAAACCGGAAACACUGCAAGGUGGCGGAAUCACGCCUCUUUUCUACGUGUUUCCACGUGGCUCACACCCAGUUCAAGCAAUAAGAUUUACCGGAAAUAAUACACCGUAUGCUAACGAACCGCUUGCAUAUCAGCCAGGGAUUCAAGGUAGCCUUACUUUGAACGUGACGUCAUUUCCUGUUCUUAUAGAACUUGCACAUAACCCAGUAGCACCGGUUGUUGGAUUCUAGUUAUAGCAGUGUACCAUUCAAACACAUUCCAAAAAGAAAUUGUCAUCAAAUAAGAAACAUUGUAGCAAGUACAUGUAUGUAAGAAUUGUUAUGGUUUAUUCUAUUUCAUAUGCAUUUUUACAUGAAUUGUCAAUUUUUCUCAAA